AUGCCGUUGCCCUACCGCAGCGCCCAGGCCGUCAAGAUCCAAGGGGGUACGGUGCCGGUCAAGCCGGAUAAGCAGGCUCUGCUGGACGGCGUAAAGGCAGCGUAUACGCAGGCCAAGCAGAACGCGGAUGCCGCCGCGGCGGCGGCCGAGGAUGUUGCCAACGCGAUGAAGCAGUUGGAGGAUGACGAGGAGCUCGCGCUAUUAAGAACCGACAACAAAGCCGCGAUCAAAGCCUUGACGGCCGAGGAAGCAAAGAACGCACUGAACAUGCUGCACCCGGACACUCUGGACACCGCGGCGGCGCCGAUGGGUAACCUCAAGGUCAUGCCGACGGACAUCCUGCCGUUGGCGUUGUGCGACCAGGACUGGGUGAACGAGAUGAAGAACGUAACCAUGGCGGACGGCCGGCCGUAUCUCACCAUCUACCAGCACGAUCAGCUGGUGCCCUUCUGCAUGUGGUGGACCAUCUCGCGCUUCCCCGAGUUCCAGGGCCAGCUUGCGGCGAGCGAGAUGCCGUGGAAGGCCGUCCCGGACGAUGACGGCCACGUCCUCGGCCGGCCCUUCGCUCCCCAGCCCAUGCUCGCCUCGCCGUUCCAGAACUUCCCCCUCGUGAUGCCUUGGAUGGGCUGUCGCUGCGCGUGGCCCGUCUCUCAACUUGGGCUCCUCAUGCAGCGCUUCUACCAGUACGCGCCCAACUCGCGCUCCUGGGACUACAUUGCCAAGCAGCGCUCGCCCCUCACCAUCCGCGUCACUGAGGCGAGAGGGGUGGUGAUUGACUUCAUCUUCAUGCCCCUAUUCAUUGGACUUCUCGCGUUCGGUUCCGACUCCAGCAAGAACCUCAACUACUUCGAGACGAAGACGAUGUACCGCAUCCUGCUGCGCUCUCUAUCGACAAAGGAGGCGGGGCAGACCUUUGCCUACUGCACCCUCGUCACGUGGUCUGUGCUCACCGAAAUCGGGUCUGUGAUCUUCCCGGCGUACAUCACCUUUAUGGCGCCGGUGAUCUUCCACGUCGUCUACUCGGGCGAGGUACUCACCGACAUGGCCAGCUUCAUCCUCCUCUUUAAUACCAUCUUCGACUUCGAGCAAAAGGCGUGCAUCUUCGAGGUCAACCUGUGGUUCUUCGAACGGCCCGUCACUCGGCUCAUAGACUGCAACGCCGAGUUUGCGAGCUUGGCCCUCUCCCGUACCGCAGCCGCGUGGGACGACGACUGCCGCUGGGAGCCGACGGCGAGCAGCUUCAAGUCGCAGGCCUUCAUGUGGCGCGUGUGGCGCGUCACCGGCGCGCGCCCCCCUCGGGCCGGCGUCGGCUCUCUCCGCUCGACGCCGCAACGUGGGAGAGGGACGACACUCUGGCUGAUGAGGAGGUGA